AUGCUUUCACAUCUGCGCCGCUAGCAAGAAAAAGAGCGAGAAAGGUGUGCGUGCACUCAGAACGACACCGAUCUCUUGUCUACAUCGAUUCGAUUCGAUUCUCAUGAGCAUAUAUGAUCGAGCAAAUGCCAAACGAACAUCUGUUUUGUUCUUUCUUCCUCGCAAACACGAUCAUUCCAUGCAACCGUACCUCAGGUGCAGAUCGAGCAACUCUUUAGCUCGCUAGAGCGAUCUUGACAGCAAUUCAUUUAAUAUAUUGAGGAGCGCGCGCGCGCACCAUGCGCUUGCUCGGCGACAGCCACACCGCCGACGAUGCAUCCACGGCGCCGCUGCUGGUCACGCCAGCCUCGGCCGCGGGCGGGGCCCUGCUGCCGCCCGCGGGAGGGAGCAGCGCCAGCUUCGCCGCUAACAUCGUCAUCAUCCUCGCCGCGCUGCUCUGCGUCCUCAUCUGCGCCCUCGGCCUCAACUCCCUCAUCCGCUGCGCGCUCCACUGCGGCCGCAGCACCCUCGCCGUCGUCGUCCCACCACCCGCCGCUGCCGUCACGGCCGCAGUUCCAGCCACUGACGCAGGGCUGAAGAAGAGGGAGUUGAGGAGGAUACCGGUGGAGGUGUACGAGGCCAAGGCCGGCGUCCCGGGCACGGAGUGCGCCAUCUGCCUCGGCGAGUUCGCCAGCGGCGAGAAGGUGCGCGUGCUCCCGAGGUGCCACCACGGCUUCCACGUGCCAUGCAUCGACAUGUGGCUCGCCGCACACUCGUCAUGCCCUAUAUGCCGGAACUCUCUUCUCGAGGAGGCUGGCGCCGGCGAGGCAACGGUGGCCGGUGACGGGACAUAGCGCCGUGCAGACAGGUCGUUGAUUGCUGGUUUGCAGUUUCUUGUACCGUACAGGUUGAAGGGCAAAAUACAUGGCUUUGUUCCCAACUGUUUUGCUAUUUUGUUUUCUAUUUCUCUGCG